AACGCGCGAGACGUCCUGCGUCCCUUCGAGCGGGACUUUGAUUGCUACCAGCCGCCCUAACUAUAAGAUUUGUUAUUGUCUCCAAUAGUAAAUUUUGUUCACUGACAUGGCCUUUCAGGUUGAAGCGGAUUUCCCCCCUGGCCUGUCAUCUUUAAAUAAUGUUGACACCCUGCUCAGGUGUCCCAUUUGCUUCGACUUCCUCAACAUAACAAUGAUGACUAAAUGUUCUCACAACUUUUGCUCCUUGUGUAUCCGAAAAUUUCUCUCCUAUAAGCUGCAGUGUCCUCUUUGCAAUACAGCAGCAACAGAACAAGAUCUAAGGAACAACCGUUUGUUGGAUGACUUGGUCGUAAACUUUCGAGCUGCAAGGUGCACCUUCUGUACAUCUGUACACAUCAAGACUCGAGGAACUGAGGAGAAAAAGGUUUACCAUGGGGAUUUCAGGCAGCAGUUGUCAAAGGCAAAUUUUGACUCUCCUCCAAUAUCCCCAAAGACUCCAGCUUCAGCUGUCAAAUGCAAAACUCCCAGAGAGAAAGGCCAGAAGUGUAAGAGCACCGUUUUGAGUCACUUUUUCCAAAAGAGGCCAAAGACAUCUCCCUCGAAAGAAACCCAUCGGGAAAGUUCUGCUGCUCAUUGUACUCAGCAGGGAUCGCGGACUGCACGCACUUCCAGUGUAAUCAGCACUGAUCUGCAUUCAGCUACUGCUCAACCUCCAGUGUGUGUGAAGGAAGAGCCGAUUGAUGCAGAGGAGGGAUUUAUGCAGACGUUCAUGUCAAUCAAACAGGAGGACACAUGCUCAUACUUUAUAAACACAGGAGCGGAGAUGGCACAUUCCUCUUCACCAUUCAAAGAUGUAAAGCCUGUAAUCAAAGUGGAGUGUCCUGUGUGUUCUGUGAGCGUGCCGCAGCAGUUCAUCAACAAACAUCUGGACACGUGUCUGAGCAGAGGAGAGAAGAAGGAGAGCUUGAGGAGUUCCAUUGGGGGGACAAGGCGCCCGAUGGGGAAGGCGGUGUACAACCUGCUGUCCCUGCAGGAGCUGAAGAGGAGGCUGAGGGAGUGCCACCUCUCCAUGCAGGGCUCACGGGACCAGAUGAUCAAAAGACACCGGGAGUUCGUCCAAAUCUACAACGCUCAGUGUGAUUCCUUAAACCCAAAAUCAGCUGAAGAUAUUGCCAAAGAGGUGGAGGCCAAUGAGAAGAUCAAGAAUCAGCUGCAGGGGAAAGCCAAACCUGUCAUGGUUUUCUCAAAGAAGCAGUCUGAGGAGGAGAUAGAGGAAGUGCAUUCUAACUAUCGGAAGCAGCACAGCAGUGACUUUUCCCGUCUGAUUGCUCAGGUCCGAGGUCGUCUAGAGACCAGCAGACAGACCUGCAUCAAACAGGAAGCCGUUGCAGAUGGAGGGGACAAACAUAAACCACACUCUGCAGAUCAAGCUGAAGAAUCUGAAGGCUGUUUAGUGCUGAAGGUAGAAGAGAGAGAGGAAGAUGAAGAGUCAUCAGCAGGAGUGAUUGACUUAUCUUCAAGCCCCACUCAUAGUGACGUGUCCAUUAGCAGUUCAAUUUCGGACAUCUUUGGUCCAGCGCCUACCAGAAACCUUGAAGACGCAGAGACGACCUCAGCCCAGAAGCGAUCGUCCAGCUCAAGAAGAGAAGAUUCCGCUUCGCCACCUAUUCUUGGGAAACGUAGGCGAAAAACAUAAGGAAGGGAGAACAAUUCUCAAACGGCAGAAUCAGGACCAAUACAUGUCUAAACUGACUGUAAAGCAUACCAUGAAGUCAGUGGAUGCACAUUCCCACCAAGGAUUUCAUAGAUUUUCUGAAGUUGCACGUGUAAAUAAAAGUUUGUUAUUUUUACAUGUUUUGUAGUUUUGUAGUCCAUGAUAAGAUGAUCACCCAAUAUUCACCUGGAGGUUAUUGUAUUAAGAUGACUCUGGUUUCGAUACUUAAAUUUAUUGAAACACGUCUUCGUAUGGUUAGGAUUUAGCUGCUGUGUUUAAAGUAGAUGAUUUAUUGGAGGCAGCGUACCUAAGUUUUGUUCUUCUGCUCGGAAUUUGAUCCAAUUUGUUUUUUGUGUUCUAUUUCUUUCUAAACAACUUUCAGUCUUUUUAUUCUUAUUGUAAAAGUGUAAUAUGCAGUAUAAAUUGAAAUAAAUGUGCAGUAUUUUUUUAAAUGAA